AUGUAUUCAAACUCUAACAAAAUUAAUGAUGAUAUUGAGGUCUUUAUUAUGGAUUCAUUUAAAAUUGAAGGAAAUAAUCAAAUUAAUUAAAAUAAUAUUGCAAGAUUCAUUGAUGAAAAGAAAAUAAAUUUAGUUAUAACAACAAGGCCAAGUGAACAACUUGAAUUUAUUUAAGAAUCACCACCUAUUAUUGUAGUUAGUGAAUUGAAUGAUACAUAUGAUGUAAGUGAUCAUUAGAAAAUUAUUGAUGAGAAUGAUAGAAUAUAAAGGAGGAAUAUCAAGGGUAAUUUUCUUUAUAUAAUUGAUAAUUAUACAACGAUGCUGAAAUAUAUAUUUAGUUUAGAAUUAGAAUUGCAUUAUACACUUGACUUUCAUAAUUUAAAAUAAGUAUUUAAUCUAUUUGAUAUCUCUUUAGGAUACAGUAAAAGAAAUUUAUGCUAUGGAUUUAGUAGAAUUUUUUCAAGCGCAUAAGCAUUAUUUGACAACACAAAUUGGUCCAUAUUAAUAACCUGAGUUACCACCUAAUGUUAUUCAAUAAAUUAAUUUACCUUCCCCUAUUAGAAUUCCAAUAUUCUAAAUGGCUAAUUAGAACUAGAAAAACUGAAUAAUUCAUUAUUUGGCAGUCA